CGACAUCUGCAAGAGCAAAAAUGUUCAGAAACAACUUGAUAUUGGCGUUCACUGUUAGUUUGGUGAUUUUCACCUUGGUAGCAGAGAACGAAGUACAAGCUGCACCGGAGCCAUGCAAUGACCUGUUGGACGUAAUGUGGAAACCAGAGAAAUUGAAGAAACCGAAAGAAGAAAAACACGACAAUGGUAAAGAUAAACAUAAGAAAGAAAAAUUAAAACAAAUUAAAAAAUUGUUGGCAAUGAUAUUGGAAAAGAAGUAAUUGAAUAAGAAGGAAAGAUGGAGUAUUUGAACAACUUGUAGACUUAACGAAUAAUAUAUCUUAUUUCAACUGUAUUACGAUAAAAUUUGAAUAAGACAAAUGCAUUAUAAAUAUUCAUUAUUUCACUUAAAAUUACCAUCAA